CCGCGCUCUUCGUAAUGUGUUUUGUUUGUGUCACAGAAUAUAUUUAAUAAGUUUUAUAAAUAAAUACGUGAACGUGUAUUAUAUAAUAGAAGUUUAUUAGUAAUAAAAAUGUGAUUAAUGUUUCUUAUUGACUACAAGAAGAAUGUCAAGGAAACGUUAGUUUGUUGGUAAAUAUAGAUUUAAUCUAAGCUUUGAGGGCUCUUCACGAUGGAGAGACUGUGGCGGGCGCUGCGGGGCGGGAGCAGGAGCGGCGAAGGCAAGGAGACGGAACGCGAGCUGAACCGCAGCACGUACUCGCUGGUGUCAUGCGGUGAUGUCACCCCGCAAAGCCUGCAGCUAUGGCUCACCCUGCCGGACGAAAUCAAGAACGACCCCGACCUCGACAAGUUCAGGAAGCUCUAUGAUGAGUCUGAUAAAUCGAAAUUCAACCUGGAAGACAAGAAUGUAGCGGAGGUUACAGCCAAGCGUCUGCACAUGGUACCGCUCUUGGAUGAGAGAGACGAGAUCGAGGAGAAUAAGAACGGGGAUGUUAUAGCCGAUGCGUCUAGAAACAACGAUACCACAGAUAAUCUACCAAUUCAACCAGACAUCAAAUUACGGACAAAGAUAUCGAAUGCGAAAUACUACACGAAGAUGACGUUGCUGCUGGGCUGCUGGCUGUUCUUUACUGUUGUCUUCCUGACGUGCAACGAGAAGAAGGAAUACUUUAAGAACACGGCCGUCUCACCUGGUCUAAUUAAAAAUUACACAAUCGGCCCGUUAGAAGCGAACUCGAUUCUAGUCAAAGUAUCAGGACCUUUCCUGUCAGAGAACGCAGAGAUCAAGAUGAACUCCAGUGAACUGGAGACCAGGGAGAAGAUGGUGGUGUGGCUGGAAACGUGGAAUUCAUCAAAUAAUGGGGUGCAAGAUCAAAUGCCACCAGAUUCUUGGACGAUAUUUUUAGAAGACGAGGAUCUAGACUUCAAUGCAGGUGAAGAAAGAUCGAGGAAGUUUGACUUGCAGCAGACCAAUAGCACUUAUGCUCUCCGCGUGAAGACCACGGGAGAGAAGACGGUGGCGCUGGCGCUGAGCUGGUCUCCGGACUCGCUGGGAGCCGCGGGCGUAGUGUAUGCGUGUGUGUUGUUGUGCGGACUUUACGUGCUCAUUAUAUUUGAGAUAAUAAACCGCACAAUGGCCGCCAUCUUAGUUUCGACAAUGUCGAUAGCGGCCUUGGCCCUGGUGGGCGAGCGGCCCUCGCUUCAGGAGAUCAUCUCCUGGCUGGACGAGGAGACGCUGCUGCUGCUCUUUAGCAUGAUGCUGCUCGUCGCUAUCAUGGCGGAGACCGGAAUAUUUGAUUACUUGGCUGUAUUUGCGUUUGAGGUGACAGGGGGCCGCUUGUGGUCGCUGGUGUUCCUGCUGUGCGGCCUCACCGCGGUCUUCUCCACCUUCCUCGACAACGUCACUACCGUGCUGCUCAUGUCGCCUGUCACCAUCAGGCUAUGCGAGGUGAUGGACUUGGACCCGGUGCCGAUCCUGAUGCUGAUGGCCAUCUACAGUAACAUCGGCGGCACCGCCACGCCCGUCGGCGACCCGCCCAAUGUCAUCGUCGCCUCCAACAAGGCCGUCAUACAAGCCGGCAUCAACUUCAGCAACUUCACAAUGCACAUGGCGCUGGGCAUCGUGUUGGUGUGCGCGCAGACCUCGCUGCAGGUGCGCUACAUGUUCCGCGACACCUCGCGUCUGCGCCUCAAGGAGCCUCGCCACAUACAAGACCUUCGCAACCAGAUAUCUAUCUGGCGGCGCGCGGCGGAGUCUCUGCCGCACCUGAGCAAGGACGUGCAGGUGGUGAGGGAGCGGCUGCAGCGGAAGGUGGACAAGCUGCACCGCCAGCUGCAGGCGGAGCUGCGCCACACCAGCCGCAGGGCCUGCCCAGAGGACACCUUUCACACCACUCUGCUGCAGUUGAAGGAUAAGUACAAGAUCAGGGACAAGACGCUGCUGCUGAAGGCAUCGGUGACCAUCGCCUUCGUGGUGGUCGUGUUCUUCCUGCACUCCGUACCAGAGUUCAACCGCGUGUCCCUGAGCUGGACGGCGCUGCUGGGCGCCAUCCUGCUGCUGCUGCUGGCGGACCGCGCGGACCUGGAGCCCGUGCUGCACAGGGUCGAGUGGUCCACUCUGCUCUUCUUUGCUGCGCUCUUCGUACUCAUGGAGGCGCUGUCCCGGCUGGGCCUCAUCUCGUUCGUGGGCGGGAUGCUGCAGCAGGUGGUGCUGCAGGCGCAGGGCCGCGCGCGCCUCGCCCUCGCCAUACUGCUCAUACUGUGGGUGUCGGGCAUGAUCUCCGCGUUCGUAGACAACAUCCCGCUGACGACGAUGAUGGUGCGCGUGGUGGUGACCAUCGGCUCCAACCCCGCCGUCGACCUGCCUCUGCCGCCGCUCAUCUGGGCCUUGCUCUUCGGUGCCUGCUUGGGAGGUAACGGGACGCUGAUCGGCGCGAGCGCGAACGUUGUGUGCGCCGGCGUGGCGGAGCAGCACGGCUACCGCUUCUCCUUCCUGCAAUUCUUCCGCGUCGGCUUCCCCGUCAUGAUCGGCCACCUCCUCGUCGCCUCCCUCUAUCUCCUCCUCUGUCACUGCGUCUUCACCUGGCACUAG